CUCGCCCAGUUGCAUAAUGGGAGUCAAUCUUCAUAUAUUUUUUACUCACCAAAACCCGCAUAGAUUUACUUGUAAAUACUUAAAACGCGCGCGUUAAGCGGAAAUCUGAAGUGGGAGGUCAACAUGUAUAAAUUAAGUAGAUUCAUCCGAAUUCCACGCCAGAUUGUAAUUUGAAUUUCCAUAAACAGCACUCACAGAUACAAGGACAAAAUGAAGAUGGAGCGAUUUGGCUUCCUGUAUUUGGUAGUGGUGUUUACGAUCUGUGUUAGGCUCUCAAGUGCCUGUACUUGCGAUUUCCCUCAUCCACAAAACAAAUUUUGUUCUGCCGAUUUCGUUGUCAAGGCGACGAUAAUAGAAGAGAAACUGGAAUUUGGCGAGGAUGUGGACUUUCCAUUGAUGAAACACUACAAGAUUCAGUACAAGAAAAGAGAUAUUUUGAAGGGAGAACAUCUUCUGGGCUCUCAAAAUGAAGCCGUGAUCAAAACGUCUGGUACUCCAUGGAACUGUGGAAUGACCUUCACCCUGAACACAGAAUACCUUAUUUCAGGACAUGCUCAGGAGGGAGAAUUGUUUACAAACCUUUGUGAGUGGAACAAAGAAUUCAGCAGACUGAAAGAAGGGAAUCAUCUGCAGAGACGAGGAAUUCGACGCAUGUAUGAAAGGGGAUGUAACUGCACGGUGUUUCAUUGCCGUGGAGAUGCUUGCUACUACCCGGAAGCUAGGGGCCUGAAUCCAGACCACGUGUGUUUAUGGGAGGGCUCUUACAAUACCAAUGAUUGCUACGCCAGGUUCGGGUUUUGUCUUCCAGACACGUUUGGACUCUGUUACUGGAAAGAUAACAGAAAGCUCGCCAACUGCUUGAAUCCAGAUCGGGAAAGCAGACGUUGAUAACAUUUUCAGUGUUUUGUAAUUUUAUUGCAACCAUAGGCAAUUAUAUCGCGUGGGUUCGAUUUUACUGUUCAGAGUACUCUUUUAGUAAAUUCGAACCCAAGUUAUAUAAUUGUCUGUGCUUACAACUACGAAAGGUUUACGAUCAUGACUGCCAUGCAGUACAUGAACAUUAUAGAAACAAAGAAUGUGUGAUAUCUACAUGUAUAUAAUUCAACGGCCCAUGUCUAAAUAACAAUGUUUGAGUAUUCGUGUAAAUAUUAUUACUUUGUCAAUAAAAUCAUGUUAGUGGU